AUGGUAAGCGCCGUUGUAGUCGUUCUGAUCCUGGUCCUCCUUUGCGCACACCAUUUCCAGGCGAAGUCGACAAAGAAAUAUGACUACAUCAACCUGAUGUCCAGUAACGACUACACGGACAAAAUAAGAGCACUGAAGAAAUACAGCAUACAAGAGAAAAAUGCGGCAGUUAAAAAUAAAUAUGUUUUUUCCUGCUAUGGAAGUUCAGGGUACCAUAAAAGAAAAUUUUUGGAAAACUUAUUCAACAUAUCGGCUGAAAGAAACAAUUUGGUCAACUUGGGAUUUAAACAAAAAAUUGACGUGUGGUUUGGGAAGGACCAAAAUAACAACUUGAAUGUCGUGCUCGAUGUGGACUUGCUACAGAACAAGGAAUUUUAUGAGAACAGUGAGAACACCAUAUAUGACUUUAAAAAAUUAAUCAGCUUCAUUGUUGAGUCGACCAACAGCGUCAUUGUGCCAUUGGCCAGUGAGGAAAUACACUACAGCGAAGUUAACGACAUGGGGAAGGAGGAAAACGAAACGGAAUGGCAGACCCAUUCUGCAAAAGUGAGGGAACAAGAAGAGAGAAAAAAAAAAACAGUUAUCUUUGUUUUACCAAAAAAGGUGGAAAUCUUUUUAAACCAACUCAAUGAGAAGGCGAAAGAUGUACAUGUCUAUUUUGUGUUAAUAAAUGCCGAAGCGAGUGGGGAAAAAAAAAAAAAAAACUUGGACAAAGAUAUACUAUGUGAACAUUUCACCAAGGAAUUAAAAGAAAGAUAUCCCAAUUUGAAGAACAUUCACUUAAUGAAGAAAAACAAAUUCGGCCUUUCCCUUUUGCAAAAAAACAACAUAAAUAAGUACACCUCUUUCGUCAAUAAGCUAACAAAUCUGGUGAAAGAGAUGAGAAAUUUUGAAAAUUUUUCCCCCUUCAACGAGAAAUGUGUCUACAAUAUUUACGUAAUUGAAGAGUCGUACAACAAAACGCUAAACCAUUUUGAUGAAAUAAUUAACGAGUAUGAAAAGGAAAUAACUCAGGGGAAGGUCAUUCCAAACUAUGGUCAGCUUUCUUCCGACUUGAUAAAAAAUUUGCUGCUCUUUUUUCACAUAUUAACUUUUGAACAGACCGGCACGAGGUUUAAAGACAGCAUUUUGGAGAAACUGAAGCAGCGGUUUUUGGCACUGAUACGUAAACAGAUAGUUAAGCAGAUCGUCCUUAUUGAAAAGAAAAUUAUUAAAAAGGGGAAAGAUGCCAUUUUAAAUGAGCAAAAUACUAAGAGGGAUAAGGAUUUACUCGGGAACAAGGACGACAAAAUUGCAGAAUUAAAAAAAUCGUUAGUUAACACAUUCAAGAAAGAAGUUAACAAGUUAAUUCCAGCCGGAUAUUUUAAUCAGCAAAAUGACAUUUUUAGCAACUCCAUGAUUACACAAUUUGAAGAACAGUUUGGUGAAAAGGUUGAACAGACUCUACAUAAUUAUUUCCAACUCAAUCAGAGCCCUUUAAAGAAAUUAUUUGAGAAGAAAAAAAUGGCACAAGAGGGACUGUCCAAGAAGAACAAGUGGUUUAACCCGUCGCUUAAUUUUAACUUAACCCUUACUUCCCUCGUUAGAAAAAGUGGAUACGGAAAUUUGCAGAGCUACUUUAUUUACGACUUAGGCAUGCUAACCUUCGUCUUUGGAUUGCUCAAUGACAGGGAUACCCCCGAGGUGCAGCAGCAGGGCGAUAAGGUCCCCUUUUUCAAGUUCCAGCCCAAGGUCAACCUCAAGCUGAAUUUUAGUUAG